AUGGGAAUAGAAAUUGAAAGAUUCUUUGGAGGUGUAAUUGAUUCAAAUGAAAAUAAUAUUAGAUUUGAAACAGCAGAUAUUGUUUUACUUUCAGGACCAACAUUAUGUGGUAAAACAUCAUUACUUUUUCAAUAUGGAUAUACCUAUGCAAAACAAGGUUAUAAUGUUUUAUUUAUAUGUAAUAAAAAAAAGUUUCAACAAAGCUUACCUUUCUUGCCUAUAGGUUUCAUUAAAGAUGAUUUUAUUUUAAAAAAAUUAAAAAUAAAGUAUAUUGAAAAUGAUGUAGAAUUAAGGAAUUAUUUAUUUGAAUUUCCAAGUUUAUCAUAUUUACCAGAUUUAAUAUUAAUAGAUGAUAUAUCAUUUUAUUUUAUCUCUUCAAUGUAUGAAAGAAAUGUUACACUUGGUAAAACAUUUGCUUUCAUAAAAGAAACUGUACAAUAUAUAAAAAAUCAAAAACUUAUAAAAUAUAAUCAACAAAAUAAUAACAAUCAAGAUCAAAAUCAAAAUCAAGAUCAAGAUCAUCAGAAUUUAAAUAAUAAUAAUAAUAAUAAUAAUAAUAAUAAAAAUAUGGAUUGUAUUGUAAUAGUAUCAGAUAUAAGUGUAAUGAAUAAUGAUAGUUCGAAUACUUCUACUACUACUACUACUGCUACUGCUGCUGAUCAAUCACAAUCACAUCCAAUACAGCAGGUUCAAAAAAUACAAGUUGGAAAUGUACCAACAUUCAUCUCACCAAAUCAUCCAAAAUUUCUUUUUAUUCUCCAAAGAUGGACUAGUUUAGUUAUUACUAUCAAUGAAAUUUUAUCUAUUAAUGAUCCACCACCAUCAACUCUUCCUCAACAACCUGCAAAUACUCCACAACAACAACAACCAUAUCAACAACACUAUCAACAUCAACAACCCUCUCAUAAAAAAUAUAUACUAUCAAUUUUAAAAUAUAAAGAUGCAAAUAAUCCUAAUUUCCUUAAAGAUUAUACAUUUUGUUAUAAUGUCAAAUAUCAAGGUCAAAAUCAUCAAAAUAAUUCAUUUUCAUUGGAUUCUAUUCAAAUUCCUAAACAAACAACAAUUGCAACUGAUGACAACGAAAGUACCCAACCUUUAUGA